CUGCUCUUCUGCGUUACCGUGAACGCUCUAAACUCUCCCUGAUAGCGGAGACGCGCACCAGCAACCGCCAUCCCGCCACGCUAGCAGGCUAGCUCCGGAUGCGGGCAACUGGACUGACCAGACUCCUGAUGCGCCUGACAUUCAGUCGGCAACUCGGCAUCGCUCUUCUCCGGCAAUCGCCCCUCUCCGCCCGCCCACUAGGUACCAUGCCAGUAUCCCGCGCAUGACCAGAUGUUUAACUAGCUGGCCUGACUCGGGCAUGCUCCUCUCUCCCCACCAGCAUCUUCGCGAUGCUGAAAGACUCGUCCGCGACACUGCACAUGCCCGACCCAUAUCCAGAGAAGCACGACGACGACGACAGCACGCAGCCCACGCUCUCGCUCGCGGACGCCAAGACGCUUGCAUUCACUGACCCCGAGCCCGUCACACCGAGCUCCGACGUCGGCCCGCCGCCAAAUGGCGGCCGCGAGGCAUGGCUCUGCGCUAUAUCGGGCGGCUGGGUUACGUUCUGCCUCAUGGGCUUUGUCUGUUCCUUCGGGCAGCUGCAAGAGUUCUACCUCGCGAACCAGCUGGCGGGAUACUCCAAGUCGACGGUGGCGUGGAUCGGGAGCGUGCAGAGCUGUCUCGUCUUCUUCCCAUCCGUGAUCUGGGGUCGCGUCUUCGACGCGUACGGUGCACGGCCUCUCGUGCGCGUGGGCACUACGUUAGCUGUCGCUGCAGUCGUCGCCAUGGCCUUCUGCUCUCACUUCUACCAGUUCUUCCUCGCGCACUUCCUUUUCGGCUUUGCGAGCGGUAUCAUCUGGCCGACCGUCACCGCUAUCGGCGGGCACUGGUUCUCGACCAAGCGCGGCGCCGCCAUCGGCGUCAUUGUCGGCGGCAGUGGGCUCGGCUCCAUCAUCUUCCCCAUCAUGCUCAAGCACCUCCUGCAGCUCCUGAACUUCCGCGACUCGCUGCUCAUUAUCGCCGGCCUGAGCGCCGUGCUGAUGGCGCCGGCGUGGGUGCUCGUCAAGAGCCGCCUGCCGAAGCGGCGGCCUGUGCCGUGGCGCCGCCUCGCUCACCCCUGGACCGACGCGCGCUUCACGUUUUUCGCCAUAGGAUGCGCGCUCUACAUGUUCAACUGGAUGAGCCCGCUCUUCAACGCGCCGAUUAUCGCGACCGCAAAUCGCGUCAGCACGCCCGUGUACGACUACGCGAUCGCGAUCAUGAGCGCUGGCUCGUUCCUCGGCCGCACGCUCAGCGGCAUGAUGGCGGACAAGUGGGGCGUGUGGAACGUGUUUGGCACGACGUCGUUCGCGACCGUCAUCGUCCUGCUCGCUUUCUACGUCCCGUGCCCCAUCCCAGAAGGCGCCCUUAUCGUCGGAUACAUCCUCUACGGCUGGAUCUCCGGCGCGUGGCUCACCCUCGUGUCUGCUGUCAUAGCCACCAUCUCCCCGGUUGAGGAGGUCGGCAUGCGCAUCGGCAUCGCAUGGAGCGUCUGCGGCCCGACUAUGAUCGCCGGCCCGCCCAUCUGCGGCGCACUCAUCGCCGCCAACAAUAGCAAGUUUACGUACGCCGCCAUCUUUUGUGCCGCAACAUUCCUGCUUGCGUCCGUCCUGUCUAUCGGGCCGCGCAUGCUUGAGGUGACCUCCCACCAUUAUCACAAGUGGCGGGGUACGCCCGAAGCGCCGUCUCCUGCACCUGAAGACCUGGUCUAGCAGAGACUAGAGGGGGCCCGAAAAAUCCACACAUUCGUCUACGUGUACCAAGUAUAACAGUCUCACAUACACACAAACUGUAUCACCAUAAUGCAUAGCAUGGCAAGGGU